AUGGGACGGCGGGGCCUGGUGCUGCUCCUGCCGCUGCCGCUGCCGCUGCUGCUGCUGCUGCCCGCAGCGCUGCCCGCGGCGCACUGCCCCGAGCCCUGCACCUGUGCUGCCCACGGCGCCCUGCGCUGCCCUGGGCCCCGCGCUGGCCUCGUCCGACUAUCACUCACCUAUCUCCCAGUCAGAGUAAUUCCACCUCAAGCCUUCAAAGGACUUAAUGAGGUCAUGAAAAUUGAAAUCUCUCAGAGCGAUUCCCUGGAAAGGAUAGAAGCUAAUGCCUUUGACAGCCUCCUCAAUUUGUCUGAAAUACUGAUCCAGAACACCAAAAACCUGGUGCACAUUGGGCCUGGCGCGUUCACACAUCUCCCCCGGUUAAAAUACCUGAGCAUCUGUAACACGGGCAUCCGAACGUUUCCAGAUGUUACGAAGAUCUUCUCAUCUGAAUUUAAUUUCAUUCUGGAAAUUUGUGAUAACUUACACAUAACCACCAUACCGGGAAAUGCUUUUCAAGGGAUGAAUAACGAAUCUGUCACACUCAAACUAUACAGAAAUGGGCUGGAAGAAGUGCAGAGACACGCGUUCAACGGGACGACGCUGCUCUCGCUGGAGCUCAAAGAAAAUGUGCACCUGGAGAAGAUGGAUGAUGAAGCCCUCUGGGGGACCAGUGGCCCCAGCAUCCUGGACAUUUCUUCCACCAAACUGCAGGCCCUGCCGAGCUACGGACUAGAGUCCGUUCAGACGCUAAUUGCCACCUCCUCCUAUUCUCUAAAGAAAUUGCCCUCAAGAGAAAAAUUUGCCAAUCUCCUGGACGCCACGCUGACGUACCCCAGCCACUGCUGCGCUUUUAGAAACUGGCUGACCAAAGAACAGAAUUUUUCAUUUUCUAUUUUUGAAAAUUUUUCCAAACAAUGUGAAAGCACAGCAAGAAAACCAAGUAAUGAAACAUUCUUUUCUGCCAUCAUUGCUGAAAGCCAGCUGGCGGGCUGGGACUAUGAUUACGGCUUCUGCUCGCCCAAGACGCUCCAGUGUGCUCCUGAGCCCGACGCCUUUAAUCCCUGUGAGGACAUCAUGGGCUACGGCUUCCUGAGAGCGCUCAUCUGGUUGAUCAGUGUCCUAGCCAUCACGGGGAACCUGACCGUGCUCUGCGUCCUGUUGACCAGCCGUUACAAGCUGACAGUGCCCCGCUUCCUCAUGUGCAACCUCUCCUUCGCUGACUUCUGCAUGGGGAUCUACCUGUUGCUCGUUGCCUCCGUUGAUUCCCAGACAAGGGGCCAGUACUACAACUACGCCAUCGACUGGCAGACUGGGAGUGGGUGUAGGGCUGCGGGUUUUUUCACCGUGUUUGCAAGCGAACUUUCUGUCUACACCCUGGCAGUCAUCACUCUAGAACGAUGGCACACCAUCACCUACGCCGUCCAGCUGGACCAAAGGCUGCGGCUGAGACAUGCCAUUGCGGUCAUGCUGGGAGGGUGGCUCCUGUCCACGCUCAUCGCCCUGCUGCCCCUGGUGGGUGUCAGCAGCUACAGGAAGGUCAGCAUUUGCCUUCCCAUGGACGUGGAAAGCACUCUCUCCCAAGUCUACAUACUAACCAUCCUGAUAUUCAAUGUGAUAGCCUUCAUCGUCAUUUGUGCUUGCUACGUUAAGAUUUACUUUACAGUUCAAAAUCCAGAGCUGGUGGCUACCAACAAAGAUACCAAGAUCGCAAAGAAAAUGGCAGUGCUCAUCUUCACUGACUUCACCUGCAUGGCACCCAUCUCUUUCUUUGCCAUCUCCGCAGCCUUCAAGGUGCCUCUCAUCACGGUAACCAACUCUAAAGUUCUGCUGGUUCUCUUUUAUCCUGUUAAUUCCUGUGCCAACCCGUUUCUAUACGCAAUUUUCACAAAAGCAUUCCGAAGGGAUUUCUUUCUAUUGCUGAGCAAAUUUGGCUGCUGUAAGCACCGGGCUGAACUUUAUAGAAAGAAAGAAUUUUCUGCUUACAAUUCCAGCUGCAAAAAUGGCAUCACUGGAUCAAAUAAGCCUUCUCAGUCCACCUUGAAGUUAUCCACACUGCACUACCAAUAUUCAGCCAUCCUAGACAAGACUUUCUACAAAAAAUGUUAA